AUGUCUCAAGACCAACUGUUACUCGGAAGUGAGCGGCCUCCGCGGGGGAGCGUGACCCCAGCGCUCGCAGGAAGCGUUUUCGUGGUGUGCUUGGGCGCGCUACAGUUCGGCUACCACAUGGCGGAGCUCAACGCUCCGCAGGAGGUGCUCAUGUGCCAUGGGCCCUUAGAUCCCGGCUACGCAGAUACGUGGUGGGGUCGGCACGGCUGGGAACAGUGCCUUCACCUGGAUGACUCGCAAUAUGGUCUCGUGACCUCGAUUUUCUCCGUGGGCGGACUUCUGGGGUCGUUGUGUACGGGUUCGCAGGCGGACCGGUACGGACGGCGGGCGGCGGCCAUCGGUAGCAGCGUGCUGGCGGCGGCGGGCUCGGCGGCUAUGGUGUUCGCGAACAGCUACGCGCAGCUGCUGCUGGGAAGGCUGGUGGCGGGCGUGGGGUGCGGUGGCGGGAUCGUGGUGACGUCGCUAAUGCUGAACGAGAUGGCGCCGGCGGAGCUGAAGGGCGCGCUCGGAGCGCUGAACCAGACGUGCAUCAACCUGGGGAUCCUGGUGACGCAGCUUCUGGCGUUUGCGUGGGCGAACAGCGUGCAGUGGCGGCUGUUGUUCGCGGUGUCUGCGGCGGUGGCGGUGGCGCACUGCGGGCUGCUGCUGGGGGUGGAGGAGUCGCCACGGUGGCUGGCGGCGAACGGGCACGAGCAGCGCGCGGAACGCGCGCUGCGGUGGCUGCGGGCGGACGACGCGGCGGCGGCGCACGAGCUGCGGGAGUGGCGGCGCGCGCGCGAGCACGAGGCUGCGGCGCAGUGCAGCUCGCUGCGGCGGUACAUCGCGGACGCGCGGUACGCGCACGUGCGGCGCGUGGUGGCGGUGCUGCUGAUGGGGCAGCAGUUCUGCGGGAUCAACUCGAUAGUGUUCUACGGUGUGAAGCUGAUCAACGGCGCGUUGCCGGGGCUGUCGAUCGCGGUGAACUUCGGGAUCUCGGCGGUGAACCUGGUGGUGACGCUGACGGCGGCGGCGCUGGUGGACCGCGUGGGGCGGCGGCCGCUGCUGCAGUGCUCGGCGGCGGCGAUGGCGGUCGCGUCGACGCUGAUGGCAGCAGGCAUUCUGCUGGAGAGCGCGGCGGUGCUGGUCGUGUGCACGUUUGCGUACAUCACGUUUUUCGCACUGGGCUUCGGGCCGAUCCCAUUCCUGAUCAUCGCCGAGCUGUCGAGCCCGGGCACCGCGGCGGUGGCGCAGAGCUACGGGCUGGCGCUGAACUGGGUUGCGACGUUCUUUGUCGGGUUCGGGUUCCCCGUGCUGAACCAGCUCAUCGGCGGCUACGUCUUUAUGCUGUUCGGGGCGUUCGCGGCAUUCAUGGCGCUGUAUGUGCGGAACCGCGUGCCCGAGACGCGCGGCAAGCACGACUACCGCGAGGUGUGGCAAGGCUUCUGA